GAUGAGCUAGAAGAAGAGGCUGUGCUGGUGGAAGUUGAGGUGCUGGCGGAAAACGAUGACGUUGUGCUGGACGUGGGUGCGGAAGAGCUGGUCGAGCUGGUGGUUAAGCUGGAACUCGUGCUGGCUGUGGUUGAAGAAAGUGAAUUUGCCGACGUCGAGCUGCUAGAAAAAAUCCUUGACAAUGAAGUGCUUGUUGAUGACGUGCUUGUAGAACUCAUCGACCAGCCAGAUGUGGAAGAUGACGUAGCAGAGCUGCUUGAGGAUGUUGUUGAACUGGUGGAUGUAGUUGUGGACGGCAUGGGCGAACUACGCGUUGUGGAUGUGGCAGAAGAUGUGGAGCUACCAGUAGUCGAGCUAGAUGAGCUUGAGGACGUGGAACUGAAGGAUGUGUCAGUAUUGCUUGUGGUGGAGGUUAUGCUACUACUGCUCUGUGUCCACGCCUCAGCUGAUGAUGUGGAUGUGCCACUUGAGCUGGUCGUAGUGCUUGUUGGAGUACCAAUGCUCUCACUAGUACUACUGGUGCUUGUGGUCUGGACGCUUGAGCUUGUAGUGCUUGUGCCGGAUGUGAAGGAUGAAGAAGACGAGCUUUUGCUCCUGCUGCUGGUGGUGGAUGUGCUGGAGGAAGAACCGCUUGUGGACGUGAAUGUCUUGCCGGUGGUUGUGCGAAACGUUGAUGAAGGCGCUGUUGCACUCGUUGUAAAUGAAGUUGAUGUUGAUGAACUGGACGUAGCGCUCGAGGAUAAUUUUGGGGAAGCUGUGGUACUUGGGCUGCUGGUCUUCGUCAGAGAUAGUGUUGUGCUCGUGCUACUUACAGUCGGCACUGCGGUUGAUGUCAACGUGCCUGUGGAAGUGGACGAUGAUUUUGUGACUGAACUACUCUGA